UGCUGAUGCUGUUCGGCGGUCAAAGGCGUGGACUUUUUUUCCUCAAUCGCUUCGCAGUCCGAUCCUACAAGCAAGGCGAGAUCCUGCGCGGAUCGUAUAUUCGCAUUAAGUCUGCCUCGGGAUUCUCUGCUCUCUCUGUUCUGGUCUGUUCAUCUCCCUUUAUAUAUAAAGGAGCUUGCGUACUCGGAGCAGUCGUGAACCGCCGGCAAUGGCGUCGUCGAGAGGCGGAGAUAGCGAGGGCCAAAUGCACGUGUUGGCCGUCGACGACAGUUCGGUCGACCGAGCCAUUAUCGCCAAGCUGCUCCGCAGCUCCAAACACAAAGUGACGGCCGUGGACAGCGGGAAGAAGGCGCUGGAGUUGCUGGGGCUGGAGCCAAACGUCGACAUGAUCAUCACCGAUUACUGGAUGCCGGAGAUGACAGGGUAUGAGCUCCUCAAGAUAGUCAAGGAGUCCUCUGAGCUAAGGGAAAUCCCUGUCGUCAUAAUGUCGUCUGAGAACGUUCCGAGUAGAAUCGACAGAUGCUUGGAGGAAGGGGCAGAGGAUUUCUUGCUGAAGCCUGUGAGACCUUCAGAUGUGUCUCGGCUGUGCAGCAGAAUGAGAUAGGAAACGAGUUUUUUGGGGGGAAGGAAACGAUUUGUUUUGUCUCGAAUCUUAAUUUUAUCAGAAUCAGAUUUUUGUUUAGAUUUUCUUUUGAAAAAGAAAAGAGAAUCAUCUCUACUUUUGCUUUGAUUUUAUAACAUGAAA